AUGACAACGUUUCUGGAGCGGCGGUAUCUGGCGACAAUACACCGGACGAUCGUCUCCGCCCAAGACCAGGAGAAAGACUACGCGCUCGCAGUCAACGCCCAAGAUCUGAUCCACUUCGACUCGCGGCUGGCGUACUUGGUGCUGCACCGUCCGGAUCUCUUAUUAGAGCUUAUGCGCGAGGCACUGGGCGAGGUCCAAGCCCGUAUCGUGGCGGAAGAAGCAGCAGAAGACGACAGCCGUCGCAAUAGCAACAACAACAACGACAGCGGACGUACGCCGGUGCUGACGGUCAAGGGCAACGCGCACAUCCGAAUCACGCACUUGCCGCCGCUGUCCGACCUCUGCAAGCCGAACAUCAGCGCAAUCCGAGGCACUGACCUAGGGGUGCUCAUCCAGAUACAGGGUACCGUGAUACGCAGCGGCGCCGCUAAGAUGCUCGAGGUUUCGCGGGAGUACCGCUGCCAGAACAAGACCUGCGGCGCGGUCUUCAGCGUGCACUCCGACAUGAGCCAAGGGAACCUGCUCGCGCCGCCGACUAGCUGUCCCGGAGUGGGCGAAAAGCAGUGCAAAGGGACGAGGUUCAUGGAGCACGGGGACCACAAGUACAGCGAUUACCAAGAGAUGAAAGUGCAGGAACAGGCGCAGAAGCUAAGCGUCGGAUCUAUCCCCAGGUCAAUGGUGAUUCUUCUGCAGGACGAUCUGGUGGACUCCUGCAAGGCCGGGGAUGAUGUGGUGGUCGUGGGAGAGCUGUUGCGGAGAUGGAUGCCGGUGUUCGAGGGGGUACGUUGCGACGUCCAGGUCACGCUCCGGGCGAACAGCGUCACGGUCCAGAGCGGCGCGGACCAAGGCAGCUCGCAGGUGAGCGAGGAGCUUCGGCAGGAGUUCGUGGAGCUGUGGGAGGCCAACACCCACCGCCCGCUCGCCGUCCGCAACCACGUCAUCGCCAGCGUUUGCCCUCAAGUCUUCGGUCUCUUCACCGUCAAGCUCGCGAUCCUGCUGACCCUGAUCGGAGGAGUCACCGAGACCGAUCCAAGAGGGAUGAGACGCAGAGGCACGCCGCACCUUCUCGUCGUCGGCGACCCGGGGUGCGGGAAGAGCCAGUUCCUGCGAUUCGCGGCGAAGCUUAGCCCUCGGUCUGUGCUGACGACCGGUGUGGGGACGACCAGCGCAGGGCUCACGUGCUCCGCUGUGAAGGAUGGCGGGGAGUGGAUGCUCGAGGCCGGCGCGCUGGUCCUGGCCGACCGUGGCCUGUGCUGCAUCGACGAGUUUUCCGCCAUUCGAGAGCACGAUCGCGCCACCAUCCACGAGGCCAUGGAGCAGCAGACGCUGAGCGUGGCCAAGGCCGGCCUGGUGUGCAAGCUCAACGCCAGGACGACCGUCUUUGCGGUCACGAACACCAAGGGAACGUACGACGCGGCGGAGGACAUGACAGUCAACACCGCCAUCGGAAGCCCCCUCUUGUCCCGGUUCGACCUCGUGCUGCUGCUGCUGGACACAAAGAACAAGCAAUGGGACAAGGUGGUAUCGACGUUCGUGCUGAGAGCCGCGAUAGGUCCCGCUGCUCCACCCGUCCGUCCCAAGGCGGUUGCUGCUAAGACGGCGGCAGUGGCACCUCGCGGUGGCAGCAGCGGUGGAGGUGGUUCCAGCAGCUCCAGCCAACCAGGGAAACCCGCCGCCGGGGGCCCCGCGGGGAGAGGGGAGGAGGAACCGGUCUCAAGCAAGCCCUGGGGCACGGAAAAGCUUCAGAAGUACCUGUGCUACGUCAAAGACACCUUCACUUCGGUGCGGCUUUCGAAAGACGCGGAGGAGGUUGUGGGGAAGUACUACCAGAGCCAGCGGAGCGCCGACAACCGAUCGGCGGCGAGGACGACCGUGCGACUGCUGGAGUCUCUCAUCCGCCUGGCCCAGGCACACGCGCGGCUCAUGUGCAGAACCGAGGUCACCCUUCAGGAUGCCGUAGUGUCCGUGAUCUGCGUGGAAACGUCCUUGCACUCGACGGCCCAGCUAGGCGUGGACUCCGUCCUCCACAGCGACUUUCCCCCGAAUCCCGACGAAGAGUUCGAGCUUCAGCAGGGCCUUAUCCUGGAUCGGCUCAAACUCAGGAGUCCUCCGCCGCCCCCCGUCGUUACUCGAAGGGGUCCCGGUGGCUCGGAACGUUUCUCGGGGGGCAGCAGGAGCCAAUCCCAGCGUGGUGGCAGCAGCCAGGAGGACCCCCGCGACGGCGGCGGCCCCGCCAGCAGCGGCGGACAUUCGUUGCAACCGUCCCCGUCGACAGAGGCAACGGUCGUCAGGCGAGACAGGUGGUCGGGCGGGGGAGGGCCGGACGACGGCGUCGGCGGUUCUCGUGGAAGCAACAGCACCACCUCCAGCGACGGCAGCGCGACGGCACCUCUUCGCGGACUCCCCGAGCGCGGCCACCCCCAGCAUUCGCGGGAGGACACAGUGCGAGAGGGCGGCUCGCAGCAGUGGCGGCGGGGUGGAGACGAGGUCGCAACGACGGGUUCAGCGGUGGACGGACCCCGAGGAGGCGGAGAGAGGGGAGGGCUUUCCACUCCUGCCCGCGGCGUUGUUGUUGCACAGGCUAUUAGCGGCGGUACGCAGCGGCGGCGGCGGCGGCCGGAGCGAGAGGAGUCCGGCGGCGGCGGCGGCAGCGGCGAAAGGGAGAGGCGAUUCGAGGGGCCCGAUGGGGUUUCGAGAUCCCGUGGCGGUGGAGAUGGAAGAGCGGCUUCUUCUUCUGCGGGACCGGACGGGGAAGGUGGAAGGGGGAAAGGGGUCAACGGCGAAACGCCCGGGUCAAAUUUGAAACGGCGGCGUCCAACCCAACAAGAAAGGGCCCGGGGGGCCCCUUCCCGGAAAGGCAACAAUUGGGGCGAACUACUCCUCCUGAAACCAAUACCGGGGACCCCCGUGGAACGACGGUAGCGUUUUCAACGCGUGGCCAAGUCUUCGUUGCUUGUACGACUUUUGAACCGUAAGCUCGUGGACGACCUUGGCAGUAAAACGCCUGCGGAUCUGGUGUCCUUUGUCUGCUGUGUAUCGCGGAGUUCUGCCCGUUUGUCGCUCGAUGCGCGCGGCGCGAGCUUAAUUUUUUUUUCUUCGCUUGUGGAACGUGCUGUGCGUUCACUUCAAGGGAUCGGCGAGAGACAUGCGUGAAUGGUAUCUGUUGUGUGGUGUGUUGUACGGUCGAGUGACAAGUGUUGUUGGUGUGUUGUAGCGUGUUGUAUGGUUGAGUGACUUGAUGACUGCUGAAAGCAACAUUCUAUUCCCAAACCUUGUCUCCGAAGGUGCUGGUGUAAUUGCCUUUGUUUAUUCGGAAAAAAUAAAUAAACACACAGAAAGACUACCCAUUGUUUAUGUCACGUUUUGUUUUUCCUUGAAUUGCGGGGUUUGUCGACCCAAAGAGGGCAGUACAUAGAUCAAGGAGCUGCUUGGCGGUAUCCUAUUUUUGUCGGUUCAUCGUAUUC